AUGUCACGAAGAGCUCUCCUUACCAUCCCGCGCGCAAUGCGCACCUCGGUCCAAACCUCCGUUGUCCGACCGAGUAUCGCCUCCUCAUCACCACUCAGACCCGCCGCCGUCUCGCAGCAGCGACGAAGCUAUCACGAGAAGGUCCUUGAUCAUUAUUCAAAUCCAAGAAAUGUUGGCUCGAUGGAUAAAUCUGCGGUGGAUGUUGGAACAGGCCUCGUCGGAGCGCCCGCUUGUGGCGAUGUGAUGAAACUGCAAAUCAAGGUCGAUCCCAACACGCAGACAAUCAGCGACGUCAAGUUCAAGACCUUCGGGUGCGGUUCGGCGAUCGCCUCCUCAUCGUACCUCACCGAGCUGGUACGCGGCAUGACACUAGAACAGGCAGGAAAGAUCCGCAACACAGAGAUUGCAAAGGAACUGUGUCUGCCGCCCGUCAAACUACACUGUUCGAUGCUCGCAGAGGAUGCUAUCAAGAGCGCCAUUGGCGACUAUUACAAGAAAAACCCCAAGGCCAAGGUGACAGACUUGGGUUCCGCCUCGGCGGGCAUGCCAAAGAUUGAAAUUGAGCGAGUCACUGCGACAACCGAUACCGGUGCGAGUGCGACGGCUUGA